GACCUAGCGCACGCCAGCCCUGGUGUGUAUGCAUUGCGGAACGCGCACCCCGUUCUUCCGCAGCCGCCCAAUUUGCCGGCGUGCAGGAUAAUUUAGUCGCUCGCUCAUGUUAAUGGUCCUUGGUGGUUUCGCUGUUGCGCUCUCGCUCGGUCAGAUUAGAUCGUGGACGGCACAAGCUGCGGGACCAUACGGCCGACGGACGAUAAGCCGCGGUGCCGAGACGAGGAAAAAAUAUACCAAGUUGAAAUUGGACCGGAGGAUGUGGCUGAUCAGGUCUCUUUUUCUCGGCGCCCUGACACUCACUUCCUACAGGGCUUUGUCUGCUCAGCCUGACGAGUGGCCUUUCUGCGGAAAUUUCGCCAACGAAAAAGGAUAUCCCAUAGGCUGCAAAUCAUCCGCUUUUGAAGUGUGUGCAGCUCAAACUGACGAGUGUAAGAGUUUGGUUUGCGGAAGUAUUGACAAAGAGUUUCGUUACUGCGGUGAAGCUUGCGACAACGAUCCGACUGCGAUCAGCAUCGAAACAAAUGGUCUCACGUGCUACUGCGCCGAGGCUGAAGAAAAAGCAUGCAUCAACGUAAACCCCAUUCUGUCUACCUUCGUCGACGUGCGGACCCCACAGCCAAAAAGUUCGAGAAAAAAAGGACCUUUCAAACCGGAAAAUGUGUGGGGCGCCAUCGUGAAAAUACCAAGGCAAAAACUCAUGCCUGUUUUCUGCUAUGGUGCUAAGGACACUUGCGGACCUACUGUCAUUGGCGUUUGCCAAAUUGGCCCAUGUCCAUCUAAUAUGUGUCAUUUUGAGGAAAAAUGCUAUUAUAUUGCCGAAUACAAUGGAUCACCCGAAGCAUCAUGCGACGUUGGGAAACCUGCUGCAGUUGAAACAGCGGAAGAACGGCAGUUUUUAUUCUUCAUGCUAACUGAUACACGCUUCUUAAAUGACGAGACAACAAAAUUUGCGACUGCUGGAAUGAUUGAAGCAUCUGAAAGUGAAAUAAUUUGGAACGGAUGGGAACUAGAUAUGGACUAUUCAGUCGUUAAUUUAGAAGACGCUUCAGUUCAAAAUUAUGAUCAAGUUCUUUAUUUGCAGAAGAGUGGCGACAUGCUUAUGAUCUGGGGACUUGAUGACAUAAAUUCAGGUGCAAUGAAGGCAGUUGUAUGCAAAACAAGUACAUCAGGAAACAGUGCAGAACAAUGUGAUACAUCUACUACCACCACUUCAGAAAACGGUGGAGAAACGACGACCACAGCGAAGGAUCCUACCACAACCACAACAGAUGGAUCAUCAGAAUCGACAGAAGACAACUCAACACCUUCGACACCUCCAACAGAGCCAGAGGAAUGUCCUGGCAAAUGCAUUCAAGCUGACCAGUACGACGAGGUUUGGACAUGUUGCGGACAGACCGUGUGCAAACGGCCGUGUCCUCUCGACGCCGACGGCAACGCAUUCUGGUCUUGCGGCACGUCGCAGUACAAGUCAAAGUGGCCUAAUUACGAAGAGUGCAACAGUCCCUGGGUCAACAAUCUGACCAGCUUGAUUGAGGAAGAGAAAGUUACGUCAUUUACUCUCAUGAUGGACGUCGACCAAUUUGUCAAAGACUCGUCUAUGUUCGGCCAUGAAAUGGAAACGUCAUUGAACUUUUCUAGAGUAUCUCUUGAUCUGCUCUUCAAAGAGCAAGAGUUGGCUGAAGAUCCGCCGGCUACAAAAUUGCACCAAAGGAAAUUUUUACUAGAAAUGGCGAUGGGAGUUAUUGAUAAACUUUUGGCACUCACCAAACCUUGGGAACAGCUGCGGGAGUACCAAAAAAUAGAGCUUGGGUGGAAUAUGAACAAGCUGGCCGAGAUGUUUGGCUUUGCCGUGACGAAAAAGGCCAAGUCCAUAGGCGAAGUUUACAACAUGACGAGUAAAUUGGAUCACACGCACUGGGAAGCUCAAUUUUUAAAGCAUAAAUUUGGUGGAAAAUCCGACAGCAUCGUCAGGUUUCCCAUGAAUGUUGAUCCAAAGAAAAGUUCAAUUAUCAUUAAAGACCUUCCUGCGAAAAUGAAAAAAUAUCCAGAUGUGAGUUUAGAGUCGGUCGGUCAGCAUUUGUCAAUGGAAUUCGCCGAGAACAUGUUUCCAGCGAGCAUCAAUAGUUUUCGAGAAAGGAAAAAGAAGCUGAAUUCUGGAAUGGUCAGCCUUACCUUGUACGGAAAAUCAAGAGAACCAGUGCAUGAAUUUGCAACCGAAGGCGCUGUAGUUGUGGUUUUCAAGCACGCCAGACAAUCAAAGGGUCCCGCCUAUCAAAAAAUUUGGCACGAACUUUUUCCUGGAGAAGAACCGACUGCAAUUCAGGGAACCGGACGUUGCGCUUAUUGGAAUGAAUCUUUGGGUGUGAACGGUGAAUGGGACACAGCAGGGUGUCGCCUUGUAAACUCCAGUCACUGGUAUACCGUUUGCGAGUGCAACCAUUUAUCGUCUUUCGCGCUGCUCAUGGACGUCCACGAAUACAUAGCGAAAGACCAAAUCAUGGAAAUUUUGAGCAUCGUUUGCAGUUCGCUGAGUGUCAUUAGCCUCAUUCUGACCCUCUUUGUUCUGCACACUUUGAAGGGCAUCCAAGGUGAGCGGAACUCUAUAGGGAAACACUUGUGUCUGUGCUUAUUGAUCGGGCACCUCAUGGCGCUGACAGUGCUCGACAGAUCGUAUUUCAAGUUGUCCCAGGAGGUUUGUGUUGGCGUGGCCGUGACUCUGCACUACGUUUUCCUGGCCGCCUUCAUGUGGAUGGCCGUCGAAGGGCACCACCUUUAUCGUUUGGUGGUCAGAGUGUUCGACACGGGUCGCGACAUGUCUCGGAUUUAUCUGUGCGUCGGCUACGGCACCCCUAUUCUGAUUGUGGCGAUCACGUGCAUCGUCACCGGCAGCCUCCAGGACACCGGCUAUGCGAACGACGAAUUAUGUUGGCUGUCGUCGCCGUCGUACAUCUGGGCAUUCAUGGGACCAGUUUUAUUCCUCACGCUGAUUAAUUUAGGAGUGCUUGUUUUGGCGAUGAGGGUGGCAGUCACUGCCGGAACACAGCAGAAAAAAAGCUUCAUGGACCGAGCCAAAACGUGGAUCAAAGGAUUAUUCUCACUGUCCGCUCUUCUUGGCGUAACUUGGAUUUUGGGAUUCUUCUACAUUCAGUUCGAUCACAAUUUCGCCUACGCCUUCAUUGCCCUCAACGGCCUUCAAGGCGUGUUUAUAUUUUUAACAAGAGUCGUUUUCAACGAGCAAGUAAAAACGACAAUGCGACGAGGAGCAAAACAAAGGGCCAUGAUGAAGAGGUUUUACAGUCUGGCCUGGAAGGGUCGCAACUCUGGAAGUUCGUUUCACCCGUCGUCGUGGUUCUUCGGCACUUCCACGUCUUCUCAGCUCGAUCUGACCUCUUCCGCGUCCACUUCCUACUGGGCCAACACAACCUCGAGACGCCGCUCCAGCGCCAAUCACUCGACCAACGACAGCGACGUCAUGGAAAUCCAGCCGAGCAGCGGCCAGAAUCUGUACAACAACUUAAUACACGUGCCAAACAUUCCAGAAAAAACAAUCAACACUCAAUCGUGGCUGAAAAGAAAAACGAGCAAGGAGGAAGAAAUUGAGCCUUCGUCUUGGAGUAAUUGGAAUUCUGGAGAUGUGCAGCAAAUUUGGAAUAAUAUUCGAGAGCCUGAUACUUUGUCACAAAUCCCAGAGGAAGACUACGACGAUGUGUACGAAAACAUAGAGGAACAGAAAAAUUACCACAAUUACAAAAAAUAUUGACAAUUUUUACACAAAAUGUGUUAAAUUAUUCAUAUUUUAAAAGAAGAGAUGAAAUUUUAUUCACACAUUGAAAGAGGCAAAAAUAAUGGCGUAUUAUUUUUUAUAAUUUCAUAUUCAUAAUAAUGAAAUUUAAACCUUUUGAGCUUCUGAAGAAUGAAGAAUGUCGUAUAAUAUGUCUUUCACCAAUACAUGCAUAUCAAUUCUGUGUAUCAUUUUAUAAAUAUUAUCACGUAUUACAAAUUUCAAUUAACAAUACAAACUGUGCCAUAAUUCUAUAUGCUCUCUUCAUAAAAACUAUCGCAAUGAAAAAAAGUGGAUAAAAAUUCAUUGAAAAUAGAU